CAGGGCUGAGUUAUUUCCGACAGGCCGUUGGAUCCAAUAGAAGACUUGUCCCUGCGUCAAGACCAUGGGUCAGAAACAAGAACAAAUCUGGCGAUACUUUGCCAAGCGUCCCAGUCCUUAACAAGGCGCGACUACGCUGCUUUCGCGUAGAAUUCCGCCAACCUCCAGGCAUUGUCAGCCACCAAUGGCCUGUGCGGCUCAACUUGUCUGCAAGAUGCGCUGGACAGCCGUGCGCCGCUCGCCUAACAGCCAGACAUGUAAGUCGCGAUUUCCCCUUUCGCGGGCUGCUUGAGCAACCUCUCGCCCUCACUCAAAGAGCUCUCCUCUCUCGAAUCGAACACAGCAUAUCCCGUCUCCUCCAAAGCCCCACAAAAAAGUCCAGCAAUGUCUCUACUUUUCUCAGCAACCCUCCUUGCGACUGUCGCCUCAGCUCAGUUGACGACGUCCAUUUGGCUACCUGGUGCUGCGAAUGCAAAUCAGAGUUUCGUUGGUUCCGUUGUCGCACAGCAAGAUGAUCGCACCACCCUGUCACUGGCCUUCAACGGAGGUGCCAUCGAGUCCGAGUACUACGGGCAAGGACCCGACAUUGUGACCGUAGGAGGCACUACUUAUGUCGCUUACGAGGCAAGUGCGACCGACGAGGAAAGCGACUUUACGGUGACCGUAGCCCUUGCAUGCACGCGGGAGAAUGGCGACGCAGUCCCAACCUGCACCGCUACCACGCGAGGUGACGGACCCGAGAACAGCAUCCUAGCAUCCGACAGCGACUCUCCACAGACCACUAUGACUAUGAGCGGCGACGAACAGUACUACUUGAACAACUUCAAGCUCGUUAUCACAGCCGGAACGGAGAAGCUCAGUGCUUCGGCAGCCGCUACACCUACCGGAAGCACAGCCCAAUCGACCGGUACACAGUCGACAGUAGGAUCAAUAGUAUCUAGCGGAGCAAGUUCUCAGGUUGUCCAGGCCACAGGUGCAGCAGUCCCAAUGCGUUCGAUGGCACCUGUCUUGGCAGGGAUGGGCGCAGCAGCAGCCUUCUUUGUUUGAUACCGACACAGCAGACGUUUGUUACCAUAUGCUAUGUAUAAGCUUGCGUUCAUCUGUAGUGCUUCAUGAUUUACUCGAGCACGCUACGUAUAGUCUUAAUUCUUCA